AUGACCAUAGACUCUGUGGAGGGGGUGAGGCCGGCACAGCGGAGGUACCUCACCCGCCCCCACCUCAGACUCUGUGGAGGGGGUGAGGCCGGCACAGCGGAGGUACCUCACCCGCCCCCACCUCAGACUCUGUGGAGGGGCGGAGGUACCUCACCCGCCCCCACCUCAGACUCUGUGGAGGGGGUGAGGCCGGCACAGCGGAGGUACCUCACCCGCCUCCCCCUCAGACUCUGUGGAGGGGGUGAGGCCGGCACAGCGGAGGUACCUCACCCGCCCCCACCUCAGACUCUGUGGGGGGCAUCGUCACAUAAACAAACUCUGCUGCGAUAA